AAAUUAGCAGUGAUUGAGAGCUGGGUUCCCACCCAGCGAAGACGAUGGAGAGGCAUAUAAAGAUCCCUCAAUGGCGUUGUUGGCGGCAAGUGGUGGCGACACCGUCAAACUCUUCGACGCCUCCGUCAAGCCCGGCGAUCCCUGUACUCUCAGCUUCACUCCUUCUCCCGGUUCGCAAGUCAAUUCAGUCAAGUGGAACCAUACCAAUUUGGUUGUGGCCAGUGCCGGAGAUGAUAAGAAGAUCUCGUUGUGGCGUAAGAAUGGGCACAGCAUGGGGACCAUUCCCGUCGCCGGGACUGAUAGUGGAGACAACAUUGAGGAGUCUAUAUUGGCUAUCAGCUUCAGCAACAAGGCUUCCAGAUAUGUAUGUUCUGGAGGAACUGGUCAAGUUGUAAGGAUAUGGGAUUUACAAAGGAAACGCUGUAUUAAGUGGCUAAAGGGUCAUACUAAUACUGUCACAGGUGUAAUGUACAAUUGUAAAGAUGAACAUUUGGCUUCUAUCAGCCUCAGUGGAGACCUUAUGCUUCAUAAUCUUGCUUCUGGGCAAAAGGCUGCUGAACUCAAAGAUCCCAAUCAACAGAUGUUGAGAGUACUGGAUUAUUCUCGGGUUAGUCGUCACCUUCUUGUGACUGCUGGUGAUGAUGGGACAGUACAUUUGUGGGAUACAACUGGUCGCAGUCCUAAGGUUUCAUGGAUGAAGCAGCACUCUGCACCAACUGCUGGUAUUAGCUUCUCUCCAUCCAAUGACAAGAUCAUUGCUAGUGUUGGCCUUGAUAAAAAAUUAUACACUUAUGAUUCUGGAUCUAGAAGACCAUCAUCUUGCAUUUCUUAUGAGGCGCCUUUCUCUUCAUUGGCCUUUAGAGAUGAUGGUUGGAUGCUGGCUGCUGGAACUAGCAAUGGCCGUGUGGCAUUCUACGAUGUUCGUGGAAAACCACAACCUUUUGUUGUUCUUCACGCUUAUGGUAGUUCAGAGGCUGUUACAAGCUUGUGCUGGCAAAGGUCAAAGCCAGUUAUUGUUGAUGAAAGAAAUUGCACUGCUGAGAUUGCUCUUGUGGGAGAUACAGUUGAAGAUUCUAUCCUUAUGCCUGAUCCUUUACCUUCUGCAACUUCAUCAAGCAUUUCACUAUCUACAUCUGUGCCUAGUACUAGGAAUUCUAGUCGGCUGGGAGCAACCAUUGAAGCAUCUUCAAUUACUGCAUCCAGCAGUGGUUAUAUGUCAAGCAUACUAAAUGCAUCUACUGCAGAGGAAACUCCGCAACGAAACCAUUUGUGGCCUGGUGGAACCCUGUCAAGGUUGCAUGCUCCACGUGGUAGUUAUAAUUUCAAGGAUGACAUGGAGGUAUUCUCCCCUCUUGUGGAUGUUCAACCAUUAACACCUUCACUAUGGGAUGAAAAUGGACCAAAGAAGGAUAAUUUAUUUGCAGAUAGGAAACCUUUGUUGUUUCCAUCAUCCAGUCGAAGAUUUCCAAAUUCAGAGGAUGGAAUCAGUGAUCAUCCAAUUUCUGAUUGGAAAUCUGGCUCAACUUCCAAGCAGGAUAUUACUCAGUCUUCCUUUCCUCUUGUGGGGUCAACUCCUCCAUCUUCAAAGAGUGAAGAUUCUUCCAUCACUCCUCCAGAAGCUUGGGGUGGUGAGAGGUUAACUGAUAAAUAUGCUUUUCCACGUCAGCCUGUCAAUGUACCAUCUCGUUUUGGGAUGUUGGCUUCUGGUGGUCAGACAGCAGGAUCAACGUUUUCUGGAUUGCAGGAUACAUCCUCAUCUGUGGCUAUUAGUUCCUAUACCAGUUCAAGCCUAAGUUUUGCAAAUUUACGUGCUAAGGAUGCAUCUACAAGCCAGGAGACUUCCUUGGGGUUUACUGAUCACAUGUUCUCUACUUCUUUGCCUUUGUCCAUCAGUACAAAAACCAGCCUUGGACAAGCAAAUGUUGAUUCCCCAAGAAUCGUUGCUUCCCCAAGAAUGUCAUCUUUUCCUCGAAGAUUUUCUACUUACGCGGAAAGAAUAAGCACUACAUCUACCUUCAGUGAUGGAGUAUCCCUUACGGUUGGUUCGCCUAAGAUUAAGAAAUCAGGAGCUGAAACCAGAGAAGAACUUCUGAAUAGCUUGCUGUUGAAGUCUGAUGUAUCUGCUCCAACAGAAUCAGGCUCUUUACCGCUGACAAGUGGAAUCAUCUCACAACAGAAAGCGUCUCAGUCAGAUGCACAACAAGGAUCUACGUUUACACUUCAACUUUUUCAACGGACACUGGAAGAAACUCUAGAUUCCUUUCAGAAAUCCAUACACGAGGAUAUGAGAAACCUUCAUAUUGAAAUUUUAAGACAGUUUCAUAUGCAAGAGACGGAAAUGUCAACUGUGAUGAACUCCAUUCUGGAAAACCAAGCCGAGCUGAUGAAAGAAGUGAAGUCUCUUCGUAAAGAAAACCAGCAGCUCAGACAAAUGCUUUGAUGGGUGUGAAUAAGGUUGCAACAUUUUUCUUUGGCAGAGUGUCGUUGUGUCCUAUCUUGUGAUAUCUUUUCUUUUGCAAACUAGCAAUUGAUGUACGACCUGCUAUGGUCAUCUUUAUUGCGUCUUAGGUUUUAGAAGGUGGUGGUUGAAGAACAUCUUGAGAAAAUUGCUUUGUACUGGAAAAGGGCUUUGAAAAUGUACAGGGAUGUUGAUUUUUUCAAUUACUGGAGCUUUGUUGGG